AUGGCCUCAAGUUCUACAUCGAGCCCGGGCACAAGGAAUGCCACCCCGCUAUCAAAAAAAUUGGAAGGGGCAUCAGAUGAUCUUUUGAAGCCAAAUAUCCCAGAUUCUACAAGCAUUGUCACGGCCAGAUACGACAAGUACCUCAAGUUGAUCACGGCAGUGCAGCGUUUUGCAGAAAGCUACUUGAAGAUUGCAAGCAGCAAUGUGAAGCUCACGGAUGAAUUGACAAAGAACACGUUGAGCAAGGAGUUGCCGAACUUUGAGGCAAGCUCAGACUCGGCGGUGAGUGGUUCUGCCCAGGCGAACAGUACUGCCGGGGCAGCGGAGUCGAGGGCAGUGUCUCCGAGCCCGGAAAACGAGGAUGAGGCUUUGAGUGUGUCUGAGGCGGGCGAGGUGGACUUGAACGUGUUUGUUUACUCGUUGAGAAGAAAUGUCACGUCAUUGUACAACACUACGUUAAAGCUCCAGACGCAGAUCAAGGACGACAUUCUUCCACGGCUUAAAACUCUAUACGCGGAGGUUGAGGCCCGGAAGAAAGACUUUGCAUCUGUUUCUUCGAAACACUCCAAGGGGGUUGCAAAGUGCAGGGAGAGCUCCACAAAAGACGUGACGAGGUUGCACGGGGCAAUUGGGCUAUUUAACGCGAAUGAUUCCCGCACUGACUACAGGCGUGACCCGUAUCUCCUCAAAAGAGCACUGAUGAAAGACGCAGUUGCCCAGGUGCAGAGAGAAAACGAUUACGUGGACUUUCUCGAGAACAAUGAGCGUGCACUCAAGACGUUGGAAGCACAAAUCCUGUCCGUUCUUAAGCAGACUUUCAGCACGUUGACCUCGAUGGUCUGCGGCUACUACGCCUCUAAAUCAGAGGCCUUCCAGAAGGCGGACAGCGUGUUCAAGGCUGUGUCAAGCGAGAACGAGUGGCACAACUUCAUCUCGAAGAACAGCGAUUUUCUUGUGGUUUCGCGGUCCACGGACGACCCGGAGGUGAGCGAUGUUGUUUCCGCUGCUCCGUCCUCGUUGAGUGCGUUGGCAAAACCAUCCAGUGGACACCACGGGAAUUUGUUGAAGAGAAACUACGAAAAGGUUCAGUUUGCCGGCCGGGAUGACUCUUCGACGGUGCCAAUUUUAGAGGGAAACCUCUUGAGAAAAGAGGGCCAGCUCAAGAAGAAGUACAGCUCGUACUACUAUGUGAUCACGCAGUCCAAGUACUUGUUGGAGUUUUCGACAGGCUCCUUGGACACGUCAUCACCUUCGGUGGUUUUGUAUCUUCCGGAUUGCUUGCUUUCCAAGUCGAAGCAUGAGCACAAGUUCAAGUUCAACAUCCGGGGCAAGGACCAGACCAACUUGCUCGCCGUUCGCAAGAGAACUUACUCUUUCCGGGCCUCGUCUAGUGAGGAGUUUCUUACCUGGUACAAUGUUGUGAGUGAGGUUACUGGUUUGAUGGUCAGCAAAGCAGAGCAGGAUCAGGAGUUGCAGGAAGUUGCAAGUGUGUCUUCCACGGAGUCGGCCGAGUCUGCCGACGCUGGGGUUGGUGGUGAGGUUCCGCAGAGUCCUAAAUGA